AUGUCUCUCAAGUCCGUGGCGCCAGUAGAAAAUGCGUCUGCAGGCAUCACCAAGGGACACCAUGCCGCGAGUAAUGGCUUUAUUGCCUGGCUUAUCGUCCUCAUGGUGUUCGUGAUGUAUUUUCUUUGGGCGUUUCUUCCAGGGUAUUUGCUUGACUGGACGCUAUUGACCUACUACCCCGACAAAUACUGGGCCGUGGCGUUGCCGGCUAUGCUUGUCAUGUCAGUGGUGUACUACUUCUCAACCUCCUUUCUCCUGGUGUUGUACCGAACGAACCCCCUUACCGACGGAUUCUCCGUUGCGGACGCGGAUGCAAAGGAGGAUUACCACAGCCUUGAGAGCCUCUCUGAUGCGAAGGAGACUGUUCCCCCACUUACCGAAAUACCGGUGAGUGUGACGAGUCGACUGCUGUUCCAGCCGUGGAACUGA